AUGGAUGUGAACUUCUCCACAGUCCUCGACAGCAGCGUAGCACAGCGUGACUCAUCCAAGCGUGUGCUGACUGGCUGCUUCCUCUCUCUCCUCAUCCUCACCACCUUACUGGGAAACACACUGGUCUGCGCAGCCGUCACAAAGUUCCGCCACCUUCGCUCCAAAGUCACCAACUUCUUUGUGAUCUCGCUUGCGAUCUCAGACCUGUUGGUGGCCAUUUUGGUGAUGCCAUGGAAGGCGGCGACAGAAAUCGUAGGGUUUUGGCCGUUCGGCGCGUUCUGCAACGUAUGGGUCGCUUUCGACAUCAUGUGCUCCACUGCCUCCAUCUUGAACCUGUGCGUCAUUAGCGUAGACCGCUACUGGGCUAUCUCCAGUCCUUUUCGAUACGAGCGCAAGAUGACGCCCAAGGUGGCGUUUGUCAUGAUCAGCGUGGCAUGGACACUGUCAGUACUCAUCUCCUUCAUUCCCGUGCAGCUUAACUGGCACAAGUCGCAAAGCACCAGCUACACCGAGUUCAACACCACCCGCGGGGAACCUCCGCCCGAUAACUGCGACUCCAGCCUUAACCGGACCUAUGCCAUCUCCUCCUCUCUCAUCAGCUUCUACAUCCCAGUGGCCAUCAUGAUCGUGACCUACACCCGCAUUUACCGGAUCGCCCAGAAGCAGAUCCGUCGGAUCGCCGCCCUGGAGCGGGCGGCCGAGAGCGCCAAAAACCGACACAGCAGCAUGGGGAACAACUCCACGAUAGAGUCCGAGAGUUCCUUCAAGAUGUCCUUCAAACGUGAGACCAAAGUCCUUAAGACCCUGUCGGUCAUCAUGGGCGUGUUCGUGUGCUGCUGGCUUCCUUUCUUCAUCCUGAACUGCAUGGUUCCCUUCUGCGAGCCCGAGGGGAGCGCCGACUUCCCUUGCGUCAGCUCCACCACCUUCGACGUCUUCGUCUGGUUCGGCUGGGCCAACUCUUCGCUCAACCCCAUCAUCUAUGCCUUCAACGCCGAUUUCCGCCGCGCCUUCGCCAUACUGCUGGGCUGCCACCGACUCUGUCCCGGCAGUAACGCCAUCGAGAUCGUCUGCAUCAACAACAACAACGGAGCGUCCCAACUGCAGCCUUCUGCUUCCCACUAUCACCCCAAGGGCCACCUUCCCAAAGAGGCCAACAACUGCAAUUACGUGAUUCCUCACAGCAUCCUGUGUCAGGACGAGGAUUUGCAGAAGAAGGAGGAGGAGCUUGGGAAUAAGACCUUUGAGAAGCUUUCGCCAUCUAUGUCAGGCAACCUGGACAGCGACGCAGAGGUGUCCCUUGAAAAGAUCAACCCCAUCACACAAAACGGUCAACACAAAUCCAUACCGUGCUGA